UAAUAAUUAUCAAUGCAUGCUGCCUUUAUAUUUAUCUGCAAUCCGGCAUAAACUGCGGGACUCCGAAACUCAAGCAGUCACAGAGCUAGAGCGGCAGAGCUGCAGAAGUAAAUGCCCUUGCAAUUGACUUCCACUGGAAAUUUAAAAUAUCUGGGAGGUUUACCGGUUGUUCUGAGUGUCACUGUGGAUUGACUAGACCCUUUACUGUGUCUACCUACAUAGCCGAUCAAGAUGCCUCUUUUUGCACUCACUCUGUUAGUGCUGGUGGCUUUUUCAAGUGGAAACCAAAAUUGUAGCAACAUUCGUGAUUUGAAUUCUUGUACCGAAGUAAAAAUUUCUGAGAACCAAGAAUUAGCGGCUGUGGUUGAAAUUAGCAAUAUCGACUCAGUUAUGCUAAAAGCAUUUUCUGACCCAGUGAUUAUCACAUGUAUCAAUGGAGGAGCUCUCGCUUUUAGCAAUAUGACGAGGGUAACGAUCCAUAACAUGGCUUUCGUCUCGUGCGGCAACUCAGACUACGGAUUACGAUUCACAAAUGUCAGUAAUGUGGAACUCAGCAACAUUGUUCUCUCUAAUAACUCAUUUGGUGCUCUAAGUGUAGUUGGUGGAAAUGUGAGCCUCACAAACAUCAGUAUAACAGACAAUACAGGUGGUGGUCAAAAUGUAGUUUCCCUAAUCAACUGUCCUAUGGUGCACAUUUCAGGCAGAAACGAAAUCUCCAAUAAUUGGCUUGAAAGUAACUUACGUUGCCAUGAUUCGGAAGCUAAGGUACACUUCGAUGAUCUCAAAACAGUGAUGUUUGUUAACAACAGUGAGAUAAUUAUUAUCGAUGGUUCAUUGAAUGUGAAUGACAACAUGGGCUUCUCAGGCAUUAUAUACAUCAAGAACGUACAAAUGUUUAAUUUUUACGGAGAAGGCAAGUUUCAUGGAAAUAAAGUUUGUGUAAAUGGAGCUCUACAUUUUGAAAAAGUAAAUGCUUUGCUCAGUGGAAAAUUUGUAUUUGAGAACAAUUCAGGUGGUGAAUACUACUUUCAGAAGCGCCCGACUGCAGCUGCAAGUAUUAGCGUUCGUGGAAGCUCGCUUACAGUGAUUGGUUCUAUUCAUUUCGAGCACAAUCGUGGGGACAUAACAGCAAUGUACAUUAAUCAAGAAUCAGCGGUAUAUAUCACCGGGAGAUUGCAUAUAACUAGACAGACCGACGGGUUUGCAGGAGUAUUCAUAAGAGGUGAAUCAAAUUUGACAAUCAAUGGAGCUGGAGAAUUCUUAAACAAUGGAGUGCACAACGCUGUGAUACGAGUAGAGACUGGAAUUAUGGAUACCACUGGAAAUAUGACAUUCUUGAACAACUACGGCAACAGUCCUUGUGUGUUUAGAAUCAGAAGCUAUGUUCGUAUGCACGGCUCAAUCUUAUUUCGAAACAACUCUGGCGUUUUCUAUAUUGUUGAUAGUACGGUAAAAGUGGAUGGAGAAGCUACAUUUGACUCAAACAAUGUUCGUGAUUUUGGUAUUGGUGGGGCGAUUGCAAUGUUCAGAAGUGAGCUAUAUCUGAGCGGACAGUACACGUUCUCAAACAACAGUGUUAGUGAUGUUGACGGUGGUGUGGUGUAUGGUCACCUUAGCUCACUCAUAUUUGCUGGUAAUGGAUCUUUUAUCGGAAACAGUGCUAGAUACGGAGGUGCCAUAUAUCUUCAAAACAAACCAGUAAUCAAGUUGAGAGAAGGAGCGUCUCUAAACUUUGUUAGCAAUACAGCAAUUAAAGGAGGUGCAUUAUACAUAUUUGGUUCACGCGAUAGCUUCAAAUGCAAUAACAAAAAUGCUGACGUUGACUUUGAUACUCCACCAUGCUUCAUCACCUCGAAUGGUACUAUUGACAGAUACUCCGUUACAUUUCGCAACAACACAGCCGAAGAAGGUGGCGGGGGCAGUGUACUACAAGUGAGGGUAGUUGAGGAUUUCGAUAUUACGAACAGUAGUAUAAGCAUGCUAACCAGUUGCAAUGAUUGUGCAGUAAGCUUGUUUAAACGGGAGACUUCCAAAACCAACAAAGAUCCCCUCCUCUCAUCUGAUACGCUCCGAUUAUGCUUUUGCAACGAAGGAAAGCCUGAUUGCUCAAAGAAACAUCUGUCUAAAAGUGCCAUAAGAGGAGAAUCGUUCACUGUUGAAGUCACUUCCUUUACGUUUAACCUGUUUGAAGUGAAUCCAGCACAUACAAUUCGAAGUUACUUUCAGUCUGUUAAUAUUGAUACUGAUUCUAGACGAUUGAAAGGCACCUCGCAGACAUUGCAAGAGCAUUGUACAGCUCUCAAUUAUACUAUACAAUCCACUGACGUAAAGGAGAUGAUAGUGAUAUCUGCAGAUGAGUCGUGUGAAAUAUCCAACGCCCAGUUGACAAUGGAGGUCACGUUAAACAAUUGUCCCUAUGGGUUCUCUAGAUCUGAGGGUAUGUGUGUCUGCGAUGAACACAUCAGCCGAUUGGUUCGAGAGUGCAAUGUGAACUCAAGAGAAUUGAUAAAAAGAAACAAUUCCAGAAACACCUGGAUGACAUCAUACAAUGAAAGUGGCGAGACAGGGAUAGUAUAUUACGAGUACUGUCCUUUGGAAUAUUGCUUGACGUCAGAAUCAGCUGUGGCUCCAUUAAACCCUGACAGUCAAUGUGCAAGCAAUCGAACAGGAACGGUGUGUGGGAAAUGUAGGGAUGGCUACAGUCUUCUCCUGGGAACUCCACGGUGCAGUAAAUGUACAAACUCUUAUCUCGCCUUACUGAUCCCAUUUGCCGUUGUUGGUAUCUUACUUGUUUUCUUCUUAUUUCUGACGCAGCUGACAGUUGCAACAGGCACUAUUCACGGUCUCAUUCUUUACGCUAACAUAGUUAACAUUCACAGAGAUAUCUUCUUUCCCAAACAAUUUUUCCCAGCAUUCACUGUAUUCAUUUCAUGGCUUAACCUUGACUUUGGAAUCAACACUUGUUUCUACGAUGGACUGGAUCACCUGGCGUACAUUGGGUGGCAAUUUGUAUUCCCUCUUUACUUGUGGUUGAUUUUUGGGUUCAUGAUUGUUAUCUGUCGCUAUUCUUUACGAGUAUCCAAGUUGUUUGGUAAAAGUGAUCCUGUUGCCGUGCUUGCUACGAUAAUGUUGCUCUCUUAUAACAAACUGCUACAAACCAUCAUUGCGAUAUUCUCGGUAGCCAAUCUUAUCUAUCCACCAUCACACAAUUCGACAUUUGAGGAUAGCACUGUGUGGUACUAUGACGGUAAUGUUAUGUACGGAAAGGGCGCUCAUAUUAUACUGUGUUGCGUGGCGGUGGUAGUACUGCUACUGCUGUUCUUACCCUACACUUCCAUUCUAGUGUUUGCCCAAGUUCUUCAAAAGAGUUCUCAUAUUUCAGCCUGUCUGCUUCGCUCUCGAUUAACCCCGUUCAUUAAAUCUUAUCAAGCUCCUUACAAGUCAAAAACCCGAUUCUGGAUUGGGCUGUGCCUUCUAUUGCGAUGUGCUAUACUAUCCACAAUUUCUGGAACAGACAAUGCCAACAAUGGAUUACUUGCAACUACCAUUAUCUGUUUUGCCCUAAUCUGCAUAAUCGCCGUUUCUGGAGGAAUCUAUUCGAAGCGUAUAAUCGAUAUUUUGGAGGUAUCUUUUAUCAUGAAUCUUGGAAUACUAUCAAUUGUUACGUACCACUUUCAAGUUACAGAGAUUCACCCAACAGGCUUGACGUAUUUGUCGGUAAGCAUUGCUCUCGUCACGUUUUGUGGAAUCAUCGCUGCUCGAAUUUUAAUAAGAGUGAAGAAACUUUCAAUGUUUAAAAAAGUGUCGGAGAAAAUGAAGAGCAAAAAACUUCAAAAAGAAGAGUCCUUCUUGAAGAUCGAAACUCCAUUAGAAGAUGAGAAGAGUCGACAGUUCGUGACUACUCAAGACCUAGUGAUGAUGGACGACAACACUUUCCAGCUCAGGGAACCACUGCUGGAGGACACUCCUUGACUAAUAUACAAGCCGCUAAAUAAUUAACAAGCUGGCAACUGUGUAAGUAGUACAUGUUCUAUACUAGAGAGCGUGAUGACUUGAAUCAAUAACGUAUUUAAUUGUUUGUAGAAUAAUUAUAUUUGCUUUCUUUGAUUUGCUAUUUCCACACGUUACAUAAUUAUUUUCUUUCUUUGAUUUGCUACUUCCACUUAUUAUAUAUUGCAUAACUAUAUUACUUGCUUUCUUUGA